CCUUUCUCUGCUCCCUAUAUGGACAUCUGAAGCGAGUCAAGCCGAAUCAUCACCAGCCAGUCUCCUCCCCCGGCAGGUGUUAUAACAAAAGCCCUCUGAGUCGGGGUCUACGCCCGCCCAGGGGGUGGUGCUGUCGAGACCGUCCCGAGCUCCUCCGCCGCCUAACCCCAAGCCUACCCCAGGCGGCGGCGGCGGAGGGAGCAGGAGAGCCCGGGGCUUCCGCGGGCAGAGCAGGCCUCACCUCGUCUUCAUCCCCCUCGCUCUCCUGCGGGCUCGCCCCCCCGACUGCCACCCCCCUCAGAGCCAGCGGCAGCGCCAUGCAGGCCAACGGAGCAGGAGGGGGUCAGCAGCAACAGCCGCCGCCGCCGCCGUCAUCGUCGCAGGGUCCGGACCUGGGCUGCCUCAACGCCCAAAACGGCGAGGCCUCGUCGGGAUCGACCACUGGGGAGCAGUUAGCUCACGCCAAUGGGUUGCUGCCGUCGGCCAACAACGGCGACGGCGGUGGCGGCGGACCGAGCGUCAAUAAUGGGGUCUCAGCCCCCGGCGGGCCCGCGGUUGAGAUGGGGGGAGGCAGCGGUGUCGGCGUCGGCAGCAGUGCCCUGAAGAAGAAGAAGCGACUUUCGCAAUCCGAUGAGGACGUGAUCCGGCUCAUCGGGCAGCACCUCCACGGUUUGGGCCUCAACCAGACUGUUGAUCUUCUCAUGCAAGAGUCAGGAUGUCGUUUAGAACACCCUUCUGCCACCAAAUUCCGCAAUCAUGUCAUGGAAGGAGAAUGGGAUAAGGCUGAGAACGACCUGAAUGAACUGAAGCCAUUGGUGCACUCUUCUAAUGCAAUUGUGAAGAUGAAGUUUUUGCUGCUGCAGCAAAAGUAUCUAGAAUAUCUGGAGGAUGGCAAAGUUCUGGAGGCACUUCAAGUUCUGCGUGGUGAAUUGACACCACUGAAAUACAACACUGAGCGGAUUCACAUCCUUAGUGGAUAUCUGAUGUGUAGUCAUCCAGAAGACUUGCGCACUAAAGCAGAAUGGGAAGGAAAAGGAACAACGUCUAGAUCUAAACUUUUGGACAAGCUCCAAACUUACCUACCCCCAUCAGUGAUGCUCCCCCCAAGGCGUCUGCAGAAUCUUCUACGUCAGGCUGUAGAGCUACAGCGGGACCGGUGCCUCUAUCACAAUACUAAACUUGAUAAUAAUCUAGAAUCUGUAUCACUACUCAUAGACCAUGUUUGCAAUAGGAAACAUUUUCCAUGUUAUACACAGCAGAUACUUACAGAACACUGUAAUGAAGUAUGGUUCUGUAAAUUCUCCAAUGAUGGCACUAAACUAGCAACAGGAUCCAAGGAUACCACUGUUAUUAUAUGGCAGGUUGACCCUGAUACACAUCAGCUAAAACUGCUCAAGACUUUGGAAGGCCAUGCAUAUGGAGUCUCAUAUAUUGCUUGGAGCCCUGAUGACAACUACCUUGUUGCUUGUGGCCCAGAUGACUGCUCUGAGCUUUGGCUCUGGAAUGUACAAACGGGGGAGCUAAGGACAAAGAUGAGUCAAUCACAUGAGGAUAGCUUAACCAGUGUGGCCUGGAAUCCAGAUGGAAAACGUUUUGUGACAGGAGGGCAGCGCGGGCAAUUUUACCAGUGUGAUUUAGAUGGUAAUCUCCUAGACUCCUGGGAAGGAGUGAGAGUGCAGUGCCUGUGGUGCUUGAGUGAUGGGAAGACUGUGUUGGCAUCAGACACACACCAGCGAAUUCGGGGAUAUAACUUUGAGGACCUUACAGACAGAAACAUAGUACAAGAAGACCAUCCAAUUAUGUCUUUUACUAUUUCAAAAAAUGGCCGGCUAGCUUUGUUAAAUGUAGCAACUCAGGUAAGUGGACAUUGUUGCUGUUUUAAGUAUAGGUAUAUUCUUUUGAGAAAUAUUAAGAGUUUUGCCAAAAAAAAAAAAAGUAACUUGCUUGUGACAAAUAUGCCCCACCUCCUGGCUUGUCAUUUGAACUCUGGCUGUGGUUCUUUCUUGUUAGAGAGAGAAAGAGGCCAGACUUUCUUCACUUUGUUCCCAUAGUGGCUAACACAAUGGGGCAUGUUGGCAGUGUUCCUUUCUGGGGGAGAGUUUAAGAAAGAGCUCUUUCUUCAUUGUAUCACUGUGGAUACUAUGUGUGGACUUACAUUGAUUCUUUCCUUCUAUUUCAGAGCAAUGUAUUUGGAGUCACUCAAUAUCUGGUGACUGCCACACCAAAGUUCAGUUUCAGACUGAUCAAUUUGUAGCAGUGCAGUU